UGGCGGAUAGUGGCGGCAUUUUGGACACUCUUCUGGCAAUUUUUGUUUUUAAGUGAAUCUUUGUGUUCAAAUUGAGUCCUUAAAUGCCUGGAAACAAUGCCAAACAGUGCCAAAAAGACAGACGGUGCCAGCAGCGCCAGCUCAACGCCGAAGCGAACGCGAAAGCGGCGGCGAAUUGACCGACAGAGUCUCGACUCUCAGGUGGACGACGAUGCCAAGGAAAUAGAUCGCCGGCUGCGGAAGGUGGCUCGCGACAAUUCCAUUAGCAGCGAGGACAUGCACAAGGUGGUGCGCAGUGUGGUGCGAAAUGACCACGUGCUGGCACUGGUCACCCUCAAGGCGGAGGAUGAGCUGGCCAGGGAGAGGCUGGAGUCCACCGAGCAGCAGAAACGGGGCGCCAUCAUCAUCACGGACACUCCAUCGGUGGCCAAGCUGACACGUGCCAAGGCGAGGGAGUUGAAUUGCACUCCAAGCAUUAGUCUGCCCUCGCUGAACGAUACGCCGGUUGAUGCAAAUGGCAUAGAGGCGCUGAUACGCGACGAUUUGCACUCCGACGAGGAGGAUGAGGAGUACACCUUCAAGGAGGACGACUUCCACGAGUCUGACGAUGAUCCCAAUACCACUUCCUCUGACUUUGACUCCAAUCCGUGCACACCAAACACGCCGCUCACUGGAGCUGAAGAGUCGCCUGUGAAGUUAUCCGACGACGGCUGCUUCAAGGUGCCGCUGGACAAAAAUAAAGCUGGCCAUGAAGAUCUGCGCAUUGCGACGCGUACGCGCUCCAAGCUGUGUCUGCAGGAGACGACAAUCGAGGACUUGCAGUCGGGAUUUGUGCCGCCUGACCUGGAGCCCAAUGACAUAGUCGAGCCCGACAUGACGGCCACUGAUGCCGACUGGAUGCAGUUCCUCAACGAUUUCACAAAGCCCUUGAAUAAUAAUUUCCUGGGUGAUGAAGAUGAUCUCAUUGAAGAUCCAGAGUAUGUGGCGGUUGACCAUAUUGAUUCGGAGUAUGAAAACGCCGAGGAGCUACGCGAUGUCAAUAUAUCCAAGAAGGAACUGACAGACUUGGUCUCCGAACUGUUUGCCGGCCUGCUGCAGGAGGGCGUAUCCUUCGAAUCUGUUGAACUGGAGACCCCGCAGAAGUUCCUGGAGAGCUCCAACAUUUCGAUUGAUCCCAUUGAGCAGGUAUCGCGGCAUAUAGACUUUGAUGAGCAGCCAGUGAGCCACCAGUCCGAGCUUAAUGGCUUUCAGGAUGAAUUGCUAUUGCCCGUGCCCGUUGCCGUGACGCAGGAGGCAGAUGCUGGGCGCCUGAACAGCCCCUGCAAGAUUGUGAAUGUGCCAGCAGAUGCCUUGAGUGAGCCACCAGAACUGAUUGCCGUGCCGCUGGCUGGUCAACCCAAUUGCUUUCAGCUGGCAAAGGUAAUUGCAAAUGGUCCACUGCCCCUCUACGUACCGCCAGAGCAAGAUCCCUUUCUGGACUACGCUGCCGCAGAGCCAUCGGAGCCGCCUACAUCAACCAAAUACAGCAAGGAUCGUUACUUGAAGCCAUACGACACGAAUUUCACCUGGGAAUACAUCUCGGUGCGCAAGCACGUCUACGCGGAGUACGAUGAGCAGUUCGAGAACCUGCGAAAUAUUCAACCAGCCAAUCCCACUGUCCGUGGCAUGGGAUUCACACGGAAUCAGCACGACACGCUGCAACAGCAGCUGCGCAUUCACACGCAAAUGCUCGCGCAGAGCUACCUGCAAACCUACUCGCAUCCCACACUCUAUGCCAUGGCCAAGAAGCCCAAGGAAUUGCUGGAGAAUCUGCAGCAGCGAGCAGCCACAGAUGCUAGCUUCAAUUGCUACAACCUGAAGGAAGCCAUCGAGCUGGUGCGACAGUGGGAGCACGAUCUCAAUAGCGACGUCUUCCAAGAGGAGAACAAGAAGAUGAUGGACUUUAUCAACAAAGAGACAGACUUGACCGAUGGCCGCACGCGGCAGGUGCCACGGCUUGCACCCAGGAUAAUGGAUCUCAUGCUGGACAGUCGAGUAUUCAUGUAUCCGCAGUAUCUGCCACGCAUGGCCUUCAAGCCGCGCCUGCAGCACAUCACCGCCUGGGCUCCCUCCGAGUACCAACUGAUAGCCAUGGGCCUGGAGAAGCAUAUGACUGACAUCAGAAAUGCCAAGAGACCGCUGCGCAAGAGCGCCGAUCCAGUGCGAAUUGCAUGCAAGCGCAUGGCCAAGGAUAUGCUGCAUGACAAGUCGGGCAGAAGAAUAUUCUUCAAGGUGCUUGAGCUUCGCGAAACGGAUCAGUAUAAUCCCGUCAAGUAUUACUUUGAUCAUGAGCGGGCGCCACCCAUUAACCACAUACUGCUGGGCUUCCACGGAGGCAAAGUGCUGUUGCCGCGCGAGCGCUACCAGGAGCUGCCCAGUGCCUGGCAAUACUACAUCCAGAAAACGUGGGAAAAGAAACGUGCAGGGCGCACCCUCAAGCCAGCCAAGGCCUCAGCUGAAGCGAGUGCAUCGUAUAUUGACUUUGUGCGUGAGGCAAUCGGCGAAGACCUGCAAUUACCCGAGAGCCUAGGCGAGGCUGCCAUUCCGGACGGGGGUGCCACUGUUUCAGCACCCACAGAGCCACCAAAGAAGUCUCAAAGGAAGCCAAAGUACGCAGCGAAAAAGCAGACUCACCAAUCAUCCUUGCUGACCAUCAACGUGAACUAUGUGUUUGGCGGCGGCACAGAUACGAACACACAAGGAGCUGGCAUCUCCGUGCCAUUCCAGCAGGGCAACUUGGCUGACAAUGUGGUGAACAUUAACCGAACGCUUCACACCAGCGCCGAAUGCAGUCGCGUGCUGGCUCUGCCUUCACCACCGCCUCCCCUGGGCGAAGAUGCUCCACCUGCCAUCAACUAUACGCUGGAUGCGUUGACAAAUUCUCUGAAGCUAAACGAGUCUGAGGUAGAAACUGCGCAGCAGGAACUGUUGCUAGUCAACGAAAGCAACUCCUUUACACGAACAGCGAACGGCUCAGGCAGAAACUGCAAAAGGGCUCGCUAUCAAAUAUUUAAGCCGAGGAUUCAACCGCGCAAUAAGUCGCGUUCCAGCUUAUCCCCGCCACAGAGUCGCUACCACAGUUUGCACAAACGUCUGCGCCAUAAACUGCAGCAGCGCUGCCAUCACCUAAUCACCUGCUACUCAGCCUACCUGCAAAAGGAAACCGACAAGUACAUAGCCUGCGCGCCUGUACAGCUCGUCCACAGACACUUUCUGGCCCUCGACCUGUACACCCUGAUGCUCGGUGAUUUGAAAAUGUUGUGCAACAAUAAGGUGCAACCACCCGCGACAUCGACACCGUCCUCAUCGCAGCAAAAACGUUCACGAGACGAUCAUGAGACGGCGAGAAUACGCAAGGCCAAUCGACAGGAGGAGCUGCUGCGGCACAUGCUGCAGCCAGAUGGAUCCGAGGAGCAAAACCGAAACGAUGCCAUUUUUGCCUAUAAUUUCUAUGACAAAGUGGAGGAGGCCUUGCUGAAUGCGGAUCGGGUGGAGGAUUGCAAGAAAUUCAACAAAUUGCUGCAGACCUUUGAUCCCCAGCACGACAAAGUGUCCGAUUUGUAUCUAAAAGUGGAAAAUCUAUUGCUGCCGGACUAUCCCGAAUUGGCGGAGGUCUUUCUCAACUUUCUGCUACCUGCGGAGGCGGCUGAGCUGGGGAAAUUCUUUCAGCACUUUAUGAUCAGCAAUGCCAGCAACUUCAUCAACAAACUGAACAUCUAUUUCUGCAAACAACCUGCCCAGAUAAGAAAGAUCUACGCCUGCCUCAGUGAGCUGGCGGAGCUGCCCAGUGUGAGCAUGAAGAAGGUGGAGAAUAAGAUAAUGCCCUUGCUCAAGGGCAAUCAGUUUCUGUGCGAUUGGUUUGUGCGGCAAUUCCCACAGGGCAAGCCACCAAAACGCAUGAUGCCCCCUGUGGAGACGUUUAAUUUGCAUGAGUUGCAGCACAACACAACCGGCGAGUAUACCGAGACUGUACACGAUUCCGUGGAUCCUGUCACACAGCCAAAGCCACCGGCAGCCUGCAGAUUGAAGUACAUCAAUGGACGCAUGUUCUAUGGCUCCAAAAUACUGCUGCCCGCCAAGCUAUCGUUUAUGGCGGCCAGCAUCUACAACGAGCAGUUGUACGAUGUGCCAGCAGGCUCCACCGAUGCCCUCACCUGUGUCCAUGGCAUUCGGUCACACGGCGAAAAGCUGCUGAGCCUGGCCACGUCCGUGGACAGCGACGAUGCGGCAGACCGGAGCGAAGAGGAUGAUGCGAGUCGUGGCCUGAUCAUUGACACAACUGGCGACGAGCAGAACAGCAGCUCCUCCAUCGAGAUGUGCGACGAUGCGAAUCUGAAAGCCCAUGCCGUGCGGCUGAAUGCCAGCCUCUAUGGAAAUCAAAACUUUGGUGCCACCAGCACGCCCAAUGCCAGCCACUCGCAGGGCCAUCAUCCGAAUGCCAGGAAAACGGCCAUCAAUUUUGGCGAGUUGUCGCCACGCAAGCAGGCGAAUUGCUCCGGGCUGAGUCCGUUGACGGGCCUGUCGCCGCACAUGGACAAGCGGAAGUCGCCAACGAAAAAGGUUCGCUCGCCGCAGAACCAGACGCAGCCCAAGCCUCGCUUGAAUGUGCCGCCCAUGGUGGUCAUACAUGAGACGCGGCCUCCACCCUCGCCGGCCAUUGAGUGUGCCAAGCGCUUGCGCACGCUGAUCGACCAGGAAAGUGCUCGCGACUCCAGCGACAACAAGGCGGGCAUACGCGUCAUUGCCCAGGCCAAGCAGAAGCCAGCGGCAACGCUCUCUGUGCCCAAAGUGGAGCCCGACACCCUCGAAGAACGCGACUUACUGUCAGACAGUGGCGCCAGUCGCAGUCUGCCGCUCUCCCCGCAGUCUCUUAGCCCCGUCAAAAUGGACUUGGGCCAGUCGGAGGAGGAGGAGCUGGAGCCGCUGCGCGUGAGUGCUGGCAAUACCCCCCAGCACGUGAUAACGACGCAGUUCGACAGCGACGAGGACUGCAAGCUCGAUGUGGUGGCCAGUCUGGCGAACUUCGAAAACGCCGAAGAGGCCUCCCCAGCCUCAGUGGCCGCCAGCACCUCGAAACCUGCCUCCCCACCCUACAGUUGCAGCAAGUCUGCGCCGUGGACGCGCGAAGAGGACAAGGUAAUUCUUACCGAAAUGAAAUUGGGGGCACGUGAUCGCGAGCAGCUCAUCAGGCGAAUGCGAGUCAAGCUCAAGAAUCGCAAUAUAAACGAGCUGCGCACCCGGCACCAGUUCCUCAUGGACUUUCUGUCCAAGCUCCAGGGUAAAUAGGGAACAAACGGGGUGCUAGGUGCAUGUAUUAUACUUCAAACAGAAUAAUUAGUGUGCUCAACUAUGCUUAGGAUUAGGAAGCAUCUCUUAGUGACUCACACAAUCUCCCCCUUAAUUAAGUUCAAUCCGGGAGUUUCCCCAUCUAUCGUUAAGACUGUUGACAUUCGUAAAGAUAUAAAAAUGUUUUUAAAUCUAAA